UGAACUCAGGAAAAAUGGGUUCAUCAAUGGAAGUAGCAGACCUGGCAGUCGUUGCAAUUUAUUUUGUCCUCGUGCUUGCAAUUGGCUUUUUUGCCAUGUGGAAGGCCAACCGCAGCACUGUGAGUGGCUACUUUCUGGCUGGCCGGUCGAUGAACUGGGUGGUGAUUGGAGCAUCGCUAUUUGUGAGCAACAUUGGCAGCGAGCACUUCAUUGGCCUGGCUGGUUCAGGUGCAGCAAGUGGUUUUGCUGUAGGUGCCUGGGAGUUCAACGCUCUCCUACUCCUUCAACUUCUGGGCUGGGUGUUCAUUCCAGUCUACAUCUACUCCGGGGUGUACACCAUGCCAGAAUAUCUCUCCAAGCGCUACGGGGGCAAACGACUAAAAGUCUACUUUGCUGCUCUAUCUCUUCUGCUGUACAUCUUCACCAAACUCUCAGUGGACUUAUAUGCAGGAGCUCUCUUCAUCCAAGAGUCAUUAGGCUGGAAUCUCUACCUGUCGAUUAUUUUGCUUAUUGGCAUGACGGCUGUUUUGACAGUAACAGGAGGUCUGGUUGCUGUGAUCUACACUGACACUAUCCAGGCAGUGCUUAUGAUCAGUGGAGCUUUGACUCUAACAGUCAUCAGUAUGGUCAAAAUGGGAGGACUGGAGGGCGUUCGAGAGAAAUACAUGGAGGCUGUACCAAAUGUUACUGCCAUCCUCAGCAGGUACAACCACAGUUUUGAAUACACCAAUUCCUGUCACAUCCAUCCAAAGCCAAAUGCCCUCAAGCUCCUACGAGGGCCUCUUGAUGAGGACAUCCCUUGGCCAGGGUUCCUGUUGGGCCAGACCCCAGCAUCUAUCUGGUACUGGUGUGCUGACCAGGUCAUAGUGCAGAGAGUUCUGGCUGCUAAGAACAUCGCUCAUGCAAAAGGCUCCACCCUAAUGGCAGGCAUGCUAAAAAUCCUUCCCAUGUUCAUCAUCGUUAUUCCAGGAAUGAUCUCCCGGAUAAUGUUUGCAGAUGAGCUGGCCUGUAUUGGGCCAGAGCACUGUAUGGCUGUGUGCCACAGCGAGGCCGGUUGCUCUAACAUUGCCUACCCUCGACUGGUCAUGAGCGUAAUGCCAGUGGGCCUGCGGGGGCUAAUGAUGGCCGUAAUGAUUGCUGCCCUCAUGAGUGACUUGGACUCCAUCUUCAAUAGUGCAAGCACUAUCUUCACUCUGGACAUUUACAAGAUGGUGCGAAAGUGUGCCACCUCCAGUGAGCUGGUUGUGGUGGGUCGAGUGUUUGUCAUCAUCAUGGUUGUCAUUAGUAUCGGAUGGGUGCCUUUUAUCAUUAAGAUGCAAGGUGGCCAAAUGUACUUGUACAUCCAGGAAAUGGCAGGAUACCUUACACCACCCAUUGCUGCUUUGUUCUUACUUGGUGUCUUCUGGAAGCGUUGCAAUGAAACUGGAGCCUUCUGGGGUGGCAUGACUGGCUUUGUCCUGGGUACCACACGUCUUAUCCUUGGUUUUAUCUAUCGUGAGCCCCGUUGUGAUCAGCCAGAUGAACGACCAGCAUUCAUCACACAUGUCCACUAUAUGUACAUAGCUGCUGGGCUGUUUUGGAUCUCAGGCGUGAUAGCAGUGGUUGUAAGCCUUUGUACCCCACCCCCAGACAAACAGAAUAUUCAGCGCACCACCAUGUGGGGACUACGGCAGAUUAAAAGUCUACCGCUGGAAAAAGGGAAGGAGACAUACAAGCUAAACAAUAAUGGUUCUACACACUGCAAUGGCACUGGCAUGCAAAAGGACCUGCCUCUAUACGUCCAUAAAGAACAGUGUCCUGAUGGAGCUGAUAUAAAACUUCUCAUGCCUUCCCCUGCUGACCAGGAUCCCAUGACGCCCAGCACUGAGGCACCCAGUCCAGUUGAGAGCAAUGGGCAUGCAGAUUUAGUAGGGCAAAAGAAUGUUGAACAAGGCCAGAAAAAGUGUGCCUGUAUGGACAUAUUUCACUGGAUCUGUCGGUAUAAGGAGCAGGCAACAGCUUCUACACCUAAAGCCAUGGAAGAUGAUGAACAGGAUGUUAAACAGAUGCUUUACGAACCACCUAAAAUCAAACUUUUGCUAAACUUUGGGUUAGUUGUAGUCUGUUCUCUGGGUAUUUUCAUGUUUGUCUACUUCUCUUUGUAAUAUGCUGAUCUGUUUAUUCACUGUAAAGUGCAAAAAAGGGCACACUUUUUAUGUAGAUUUUUUUUAAUCUUUAUUUGUUUUUCCUAAAAAUGUAUGAACUUGUUGAAGCUCUUAUAGAAGAGGCUGUAUUCCAUUGACCCAUACUUCAAUAAUAGCCAAAAUGACAACUAUCGCUGUUGUUAUUUAGUGUUAAC